AUGGGCUACGGGGUGAGUCUGGGGAAGUACCAGGUCGGAAAGACGAUCGGCGAGGGAACGUUCGCGAAGGUGAAGGUGGCCUCUAACACAGAGACCGGGGAGAGCGUGGCAGUGAAGAUACUCGACAAAAAGAUGGUUCUGGAGAACAAGCUCAUGCAGCAGGUGGGCUUCUUCUUCUUCUUCUUCUUCUCCAGCUCCUCCGAGUUCCUCUGGUUACGGUAACGAAGGGAAACGUCAACUAGGAUCAACGCACAUUCAUCGUCUCUUUAAUUUCAGGUCAAGAGAGAGAUCAGCGCGAUGAAGCUUCUCAAUCACCCGAACAUCGUUCGAAUAUACGAGGUCUGCCAUGAUGAGCUUUGCAAGAUCUAUGGAACAUUUUUCUUCCUGAGACUUUCUGGACAUGCAGGUCAUUGCGACGAAGAGUAAAAUAUAUAUCGUCAUGGAGUAUGUUUCCGGAGGACAGCUCUCGGACAAGAUGGUGGGCAUCGACAAAAUUGAGAAAUUUCGCUCUUAAUCUACCUUCCUCUUAUCAUCUUACUCUCUCUCUCUCUCUCUCUCUCUCUCUCUCUCUCUUUCUCUCGCUCGUGUGUCAGUCUUAUCCUAGCAUAGUAAGCGAGAAGGAGGCGAGAAAAUACUUCCAGCAGCUAAUUGACGCAGUGGACUGCUGUCACUCCAGAGGCAUCUACCACAGAGAUCUUAAGGUCAGAUUCGAUUCAAAGCACUCCCCUUUAGAUUCCUUUUCUCGUUUAAUUUUCCUUUUCUGUCUAAUUUCGCGGAACCUUCAUGUGUUCACUGCGAUCCCCCGAUCUCACCAACAGCCCGAGAAUCUGCUGAUAGACAGCAUGGGGAAUCUUAAGGUCUCCGACUUUGGACUCAGCGUAUUGAGAAAGGUGAUAUAUCUCGAUCUGUGUAAACCACUUGAAAUUCUGUCAUCUCCGAGAGGGAAGAUAUCAAUGAAAUGACAGUUUCUUAGAUUAUUGUUUUCUCUAUAAAUCAGUUACCACUUGUUGAAAUAUUGGGACAUUCAAAUCAAACCCAUUGGCAAUAGAUGAAGCCCAUUUCGACACUUAACGAUUCUGUUUAUUUUUAAUUUUUUUGUAUAGUUUGACGUACCUAAUCAUGUGCAAGGUAAGUUUUGGAUGCUAUCCAUGCAAACAAUUUUUUUUUGAGACCAUAUAUUUCAAAAUCAUUUUCAAGUUUCAUACCAUCCAAUUCAAAAUUAUUAGUAUCUUGUCAUGAACACCCAUCUAUACGUUCAUAAGAUUUUAUUUAUCAUCUGCAAUAUAGGACAUGGUAGAUCAUCAUGGAACCGUAAUAACUAGUUUAUGAAGGUGAUAAUUGUAUAAGCUAGCAUACGUUUAACGAUUUAUGCAGCCCGGAGAUAUGCUAUCUACAGCUUGUGGAUCGCCAAGCUAUGUGGCUCCAGAGGUACUCGAUUUUGCGAGGGUUAUUACUUUUUCCAAACGCGAGAACUUUGACAACAACCAAAGCACUGAGAGACAUGUACCAUUGUCUUAUUGAUACUAGGUGAUAUUCCACAACAAGUACGAUGGAGCUGCCGCGGAUAUCUGGUCAUGUGGGGUAAUUCUCUUUGAGCUGCUCUCUGGUUUUUUGCCUUUUGAGGACAAGAACACGUCAAACUUAUACAAGAAGGUAGAUUUCCCGUGGACUCUGGCUCUAGUCUAUUGGCUUACCGACUGAUCUGUGCUCCAUUCUUUCAUGAAGAUAUCGGGAGCGGAAUUCAUAUGCCCAGAAUGGUUCUCAGCAAGCCAGCGAAAGCUUAUUUCCAGGUUGUUGGAGCCAAAGCCAAGAAGGGUAAGCAGUAGUACAUCAUUCUAAGUAGAUCAUCUCAGAAUCAUUAUGAUAGACCCGCAUUGAUCAAUUAAUAAGCUUACCCUAUCGUAACUUGGUACAGUUACGUCUCUGACCCUCGCCCUUCGCGUCAGAUUAGGAAAGAAAAAUAUACCCGUUGCAGUCUUUGGGCCCUACGUAAGGAUUGCCAUAAAAGUCAACGAUCCUAAUUUUCUAGCUUCACUGACAUCUAGGAAUCAUCCAACUGAAGGUUUUUUAACAAUUACAGACGGAGGGCCAAACCUUUAUAGGGUUCCUUCCCAAUGGCCAUUUUAUUUGCUUCUUGUCUAGAUCAUAGCUCCCUAGAAGACGUCGAGGUUCGACUGAUAAUGUUAAUUGCUAAUAUGAACCCACGAAUAACUAACUAGAAAAUUAGCCCACGUAUGACUUGGUAAACUAUUCAUUGCGGACUGAUAUUGGCUUAGGCACCCCAAUUCUCUACCAUGUCAGAUUAGGAUCUCCUCCUGCAUCAGACGGUAAUUUCUUUCUCGCGAUAUUUUUUAGAGGGCAAAGGUUGCCGAGAUUCUCGAAGAUGGGUGGUUUCGAAUCGAUUACGAGCCGGCGGCGGCGAUCACAAACGAGGAGAAGGCGAAUUUGGAAGACGUCUACCGGACAUUCGAUAGGAUUGGUGUGAGUAUCUUCAGGAAGCUUCACUAAACCACCCCAAAUCUUGAGCGUCAAUUCCAAAAUGAAGACCUUGGGAGAAUACUGGGCAGGAGACACUCAAAACAGAAGAGACGAGGAAAAUCCAGUCACCCAGCUUCAUCAACGCUUUCCAACUCAUAGCCAUGUCCAAUCAUCUUGACUUAUCAGGCCUCUUCGAAGAGCAGGUGAUUAUAAGAUCCUCUGCUCGUUUCCUCCGCGCCGCUUUUUGCUUUAUUGACUAACAUGGGCUCGCCGUCUUCUUCCACGAGGAAUAGAAGACGAAGCUUGGUUCAAGGCACUCCAUGACCGAGACAAUAGAGAAGAUUGAGGUCGCAGCCAAGGAUGCCAGCCUCUCCGUGGAAAGGACGAACAGCUCAAAGGUAGGAGAAGAUCAUCUCUCUAGUCGAGAAAUUGAUACUUGUCACACUCGCCGUCACCCUUUUUGGUCUAUAUUUUAUCGUAGAAAAGUAGCUAUUGAGAAACAUAGGUUUGCUUCACGAAAAGUAUUACUGAUUUGAAAUCAAUCGAUGACAGUUUUUUUUUUAUAUUAUUUGAUUAACCUUUUGAUUUAUAAUUACCCAAUUAGUUUAUAAAAUGUGUAAGUGUGUCAACGGGCCAACCGGGCCUGGGCCUUGAGGUCCUUCUAUCCAACCCCCAUCUUCUAUGAAGCUCAGACACCAAAAAUGGCCAUCUAUUAGAUCUGCACAUGUUCUCCAUGAAGACCCAAACGUGCAUGACCUAGCUCUCUGUAUUUAGCUCCUCAGGGGAGAGUGGGGGGAGAGAGAGAGAGAGAGAGAGAGAGAGAGAGAGAAUACAAAACCAGUGACUGUAGAACUUGGCUGGACCAUGUCGCGCUAUGGAUACAGUCCACAAAAGGACCGGGUCAAUCAUAUUUUCUUCGUAGGCUGUAAGUCUUGAGAAAAACUGAUAGGGCAUCCAGGCUUCCAGCUCACACAGACCAUCUAAGACUAUACAGAUUUUUUCACUCACUUCUUGCAAAGAAUGAAUAAUCACGCCUUCCUGAGCAAUGCAGGUCAAGCUCCAUGCUCCUCAGAAACUGACGAGGUCCAUAUCUCAGAUCAUAGUAUCUGCGGAGGUAUAAAUAUAGUGUUUCCCCAAAGAAACGACGAUACAUCUCGUUUCUUGACAAUUUACACUUCCAGGUGAUCGAGGUGACGCCGACCCACUGCAUGAUCGAGAUAUCCAGGUCCAGCUCUACUGGGGAGAUCAGAUCCUACAAAGAGGUAUUGAGAAGUCCCAUGCUCUACAGUUAAUAUGCUGUUACGGAUUGAAGGAACGAACUCAUCGCCUUGCUCCUGGCUCAACUGGGCAGUUCUGCAGAAGCUUGUCGAGUAUUCUGAAGUGA